UGGGAUAUUUCCAACCCUUUCAGGAUUAUUCUGUUAAAGGGUAAUAAACUAAAUACGGAAGAAAAUGCCAAGGUUCAUGUCAGGGCUGGUCUUUUCCAUGGUACAGAGCUGCUUUGUAAAACUAUUGUAAGCACAGAAAUCUCUGGGAGAAGUGACCACGUCUGGAAUGAAGUACUGGAGUUUGAAAUAAAUGUCUGCGAUCUUCCAAGAAUGGCAAGGCUCUGCUUUGCAGUUUAUGCUGUGAUGGAUAAGAUGAAAACCAAGAAGUCAACCAAGGCAAUAAAUCCUUCCAAAUACCAAACCAUUAGGAAAGCAGGAAAAGUGCAUUAUCCUGUAGCCUGGGUAAAUACCAUGGUAUUUGACUAUAAAGGACAGCUGAGGAAUGGAGAACUGGUACUGCACAGCUGGUCAUCGUUUCCUGAUGAACUUGAAGAAAUGUUGAAUCCAAUGGGAACUGUCCAGACUAACCCUUACACUGAAAAUGCAACAGCUUUGCACAUUAGAUUUCAAGAAUAUUCAAGACAGCCUAUCAAUUAUCCUCCGUUUGAUAAGAUACUUGAAAAGGCAGCUGAGAUUGCAAGGAGCAGUGACAACGCUGUAAUGGCGGGUCGAGGUGGUAAGAAGUUUUAUAUUGUGCUAAAAGAAAUAAUGGAAAGAGAUCCUCUAUCUCAACUCUGUGAAAAUGAAAUGGAUCUUAUUUGGACUUUGCGAUAUGACUGCCGCGAAAACUUUCCACAAUCACUGCCAAAACUGCUGCUCUCCUUGAAAUGGAACAAACUUGAAGAUGUUGCUCAGCUUCAGGCUCUCCUUCAGAUAUGGCCCAAGCUGCUGCCUAGGGAAGCAUUGGAACUGUUGGAUUUCAAUUAUCCAGACCAGUACGUGAGAGAAUAUGCAGUGGGUUGUUUAAAGCAAAUGAGUGACGAAGAGCUCUCUCAGUAUCUUCUUCAACUUGUGCAAGUCCUGAAGUAUGAACCUUUUCUUGAUUGUGCUCUCUCCAGAUUUCUGUUAGAGAGAGCCCUCGCUAAUAGGAGAAUAGGACAGAUGCUGUUCUGGCAUCUGAGGUCAGAGGUUCACAUACCUGCAGUUUCAGUACAGUUUGGUUUGAUACUUGAAGCUUACUGCCGAGGAAGCGUUGCUCAUAUGAAAGUGCUUGCUAAACAGGUGGAAGCUCUUAAUAAAAUGAAGACUUUAAAUAGUCUCAUUAAGCUGAAUGCCAUGAAGCAAAGCAAAGCAAAAGGAAAAGAUGCGAUGCAUACGUGUUUGAAACAAAAUGCUUACAGAGAAGCGCUUUCUGACCUCCAGUCCCCUCUGAAUCCUUCUGUUAUACUUUCAGAAUUACAUGUUGAGAAGUGUAGAUAUAUGGAUUCUAAAAUGAAGCCUCUAUGGAUAGUAUACAACAAUAAGAUGUUUGGAGGAGAUCUUGUAGGGAUCAUCUUUAAAAAUGGUGAUGAUCUCCGACAGGACAUGUUGGCGCUCCAGAUUUUGCGCUUGAUGGACAUACUUUGGAAAGAAGCUGGUCUGGAUCUCCGGAUAUUGCCGUAUGGCUGCUUAGCAACUGGAGAUCACUCUGGCCUUAUUGAGGCUGUUUCUAGUUCAGAAACCAUUGCUGACAUUCAGUUAAAUAGUAGCAAUGUUGCUGCCGCUGCUGCCUUCAACAAAGACGCUCUCUUAAACUGGCUGAAAGAAUACAAUUUAGGAGAUGACUUGGAUCGAGCCAUUGAAGAAUUUACUCUGUCUUGUGCUGGCUACUGUGUAGCUACUUACGUACUGGGGAUUGGUGACAGACACAGUGACAACAUCAUGGUCAGAAAAAAUGGUCAGCUCUUUCAUAUAGAUUUUGGGCAUAUUCUUGGAAACUUCAAGUCCAAGUUUGGAAUUAAAAGGGAACGGGUACCUUUCAUACUCACCUAUGAUUUUAUUCAUGUUAUUCAACAAGGAAAAACAGGGAACACUGAAAAAUUUGGUCGGUUCCGCCAGUAUUGUGAAGAAGCGUACUUGAUUCUGCGAAAACACGGAAACCUAUUUAUUACACUCUUUGCACUGAUGUUAACUGCAGGGCUUCCAGAGCUAACCUCCGUCAAGGACAUCCAGUAUCUCAAGGACUCGCUUGCCUUAGGGAAGAGUGAGGAAGAAGCACUAAAACAAUUUAAGCAAAAGUUUGAUGAAGCGCUCCGGGAAAGUUGGACUACAAAAGUGAACUGGAUGGCUCACACUGUUCGAAAAGAUUACAGAUCCUAGAAGAGUUUUGCAUUUGCACUAAGCUGAAUGUUACCUUGAGAAGUGUUUUAAAAAGUGUUUUUAUCUGUAGUAUGGGCCAACAAAACUUCUUUUAAAUAAGAAAGAAGACAAAACAAGAAGAAGAAGAAGAACUAGGCUGAAAUAAUUCCUGAGUCUUUUGCACUCUGCUUCCGAAUGCUUGAUUCCAAGACUGUCUCCACAAGUAGUGAACAUCCUGGAUAAUCAGUUCCUGCUGUCUUUGCACGCUGAGAGCUACUAGGCAUUUUUAAAAAUUCUUUGGUACUUUAUGGAGGUGUAAAUAUUUGUUUUUAUACGUUAGGGUAAUGUACUCUAACAUACUCGGGAGGUUUGAAGACCUCUGGCAGAACUGUUCUUUAAAGUUGGGACUUGAAGAGUAAUUUUUUUUUAUAUAUAUCCUAAUCUGGCUAAAAAUGACCAUAUUGUGUGUAUUUUUUCACAUGAACUCUGCCCUACUGGCACAGAUGCAUUAAUUCUACUGUAAAUAGCAACCACAGUAUCACUGUUCUACAGGGAGCUGCUUAACGUCUUACAUUGCUGCCAAAAGAAGAGUAGAUAUUUGUAGGGAGGGAAAUGGGGAGGACAAGAGAUGGAGGGGGAGAGAACUUUGAAAAUUAUGCAGCAUCCAAGUGUUCAGGGUUGCACAAUUUUGUUGCCCUGACAUAAGACACACAGAAGCAGCCCUUUGGUGAGAGGGAAGUUAGGCCAAUUCGAAACACGUCCAAGGAUCCCUCAUUGGUAAUGGUGUCUCAUUUGGCCUCUGGGGCUUUGCUUUCAGCUCCCGAAGAGGCACAUUUAUUUCAGGUUUAGCAAGAUGCUUUUUACGGCCUUACAUUGGAAUUUGUGUCUCGGAUUAGUUGUGCCAUGCAAAUGUACUGAAUUAUGCAUGGAGAGUUUUCAUUGAAUAUACUACACAGUGAUUUUUUUAGGGCAUACAUACCAAAAAAACCCAAAUGUUUGGAAAAGCAAGUGUUUGUGAGGGGAGAUCAUUCCAUAAAACACCAGUGAGAAGUCAUUAAUCUUUCCGUAUUUAUUAAAAGCUUGCAGUAAUGUCAUUUUACCAAGAUAUAUAUGUUGAAGUUGGUUGCUGAAGAAACUGGAUUUGUUUUAAUUUAUUUAGUGAAGUACCAGGCUUUUAGGUGCUUAAAUGGAGAGCAAAUUUGUUAUGUGCAAUAGGGAACUGCUGGUUAAAAGAUGUAACAUACUGUUUCUGAACAUCAGCAAGGUAGACUUCAACUACUGCUUGUUCUCCAAAGAACACUGGUAGCUCUCAAUUCUUGUUGACAUUUGAAAGAGAAUUAAACAUAUAUAUAUAUAUUUUCUUUUUGACUAAACAGUUGUUUUGCAUAGAGAUGUUGUUUUAUGUAGGAAUUUAAUUAAAGGUGGUUUUACUUUGUUGA